AUGAACCGGGUGCUGGUCAGAGACUUGCUGCGUCGAACUCACCAGUUUUCAGUGGCAGCACACUAUUCAAAUCGACAAGCCUUCCACAGUUCGCCAUCAUGGUGUGUCGUCAGGCCAUAUCUCCUCGCAGACAUUGGAGAAGGUAGAAUCACGACGAUAUUCCAAGCGGCUUCAAACAGCCGGAUAACGAAAACACAGGAAUCACAGAGUGCCAAAUCGUCAGUUGGUCGGGGCGAACAGAUAACCUCGAGAUUCGAUGGCGUGGUCAAAGCCCUCCAUUAUGAGCAGGAUGAAGUUGCCAUCGUCGGAAAGCCACUGUUGGAUAUGGAUAUUGCAGACGAGACAACUGGGGAUCCGGUCCUUGCGAACGUCCCUGCAGAGCAGGGCCCUUCCGAGAGUGGACCUGAGUCAGUCAAGGGAAUCUUUGGAGGACAAAUUGAACAAUCGCCGUCACCACUUGAACGGCAUUCUGAGACACAGGCUUCGUCGUCGAUCGUGUCCACGCCCCAAAUGAAAGAAAAUCUUCCUGCCAAAUCUUCCGCACUCCUCACCCCUGCUGUGCGACAUCUGCUCAAACAAGCAGGAAUCGAUGUGAACGAUGUCCAGGGGACUGGUAAAGAUGGACGCAUUACAAAAGACGACGUCCAACGAUAUAUCCAGACAAAAUCGAAUACUGGCGAAUCCCAACCACCGCCUGCCGCUCACUCCAAUGAUGCGUUGACACAACAUGUGAAAGAAGACCAGGUCAUGCCAUUGAACCCCACCGAGAAACACAUGUUCAAAGUCAUGACCCAUUCUCUUACGAUCCCUCACUUCCUCUAUACGCACAGCGUGGACGUCACAUCAAUCAACCUUCUCCGGCGAAAGUUCAACACGAGCCCGAGUCUCUCAGCUACGCUCUCCACAGGAGGCACGCCUGUGUCGAAGCUGACGAUCCUCCCAUUCAUCAUGAAGGCACUGUCGCAAGCCUUUUCACAAUUUCCGAAACUCAACGCCCAUCUCGACAUCGCCAGUCAUCCGGCACACCCGCAACUGAUUCUGAAAUCCUCUUGCAAUUUCGGCAUUGCGAUAGAUACCCCACAGGGACUGCUAGUCCCUGUGGUCAAGGACGUACAGAAACACUCCAUCAUCUCCCUCGCCACUGAAAUCAAGCGGUUGAGCGAUCUCGCACAGGCGGGACGUCUUGCGCCAGAAGACUUCAAGGGUGCCACUUUCACCAUCAGCAAUAUUGGGAGUAUCGGUGGGAGCGCUGUGUCUCCAGUGAUUGUGGCUCCGAUGGUUGGGAUCCUGGGGGUGGGUAGAGCUCAAGAUGUCCCGGUUUUCACAACUGACAAGCACGGCGGUGAACAUAUUGUCAAGCAAGAGCAGGUGGUGCUGAGCUGGAGUGCGGAUCAUAGGGUCCUUGACGGCGCAACUGUCGCCAAAGCCGCUGAGGUUGUGGGCACCCUGAUACAAAAUGCCGAGAGUCUGGGACUGGCGUUGCGAUGA